UAGCAGAACAAAUAGUACUUGUGAUAAUAAAACUAAUGAUACUUGUAAUGAGAAUAGUAAAGCUACUAAAAAUAAUGAUAAUAGUACUUGUAAUGAUAAUAAUAGUGUUGGUAAUAAUAAAGCUUGUAAUAGUAAUAAUAGUACUUGUAAUAAUAGUUGUGAUGCUUGUGAAGAAGAGAAAUAUAAUUUUUUAGAUCUCUUA